CGGGCGGCCCAGGACUACAUCUCCCAGCCUGCCGGGCCCGUCCCCCCCGCCCCGCGCGGCACGGCACGGCUCCGCACGGCGCGGAGGGCGGUGGCGGCGGGGCCCGGGUGAGCCCGGCGGCGGGGCCAUGCCGGAGCUGAGGCAGGCCGGUGUCGUGGUGGCCGUGUCCCCGAGCCAGCGGCUGAGGGCAGCGGAUCCGCUGAACCGCGGGGACGAUGAGCGCCGUCGCAGCUGAGCGCCAGCCGGGGCCGGGACCCGGAGGAGCGGCCGGGGCGCGGUGCCGCGGCUGAGGCCGGUGCGCAGAGCGGUGCCGGACCCUCAGCUGAUGCUCCCUGCCCGGCACGUGGAGCCACCGGGGGCCCUCGCCGCGGCCGGACAACGCGGAUGGAAAGCUGCAGCCCAGCAGGGAGCCUCGCUGGCCGGCUGACGCCCUCCCGCGCCCUAUGCCCGCGCCCUAUGCCGGAGCGGGCGCCGUCCCCGGCUCAGCCACCCGACGACCAUGAAGUGCUCGUUGCGCUUCUGCUUCCUCUCGACCGCCUUCCUGCUCGUCUUCGUCAUGUCCCUCCUCUUCACCUACUCCCACCACAGCAUCGCCUACCUGGACCCCGGCGGGCUGGGCGGCAUCCACCGGGUGAAGCUGGUGCCCGGCUACGCCGGGAUGCAGCGGCUCAGCAAAGGGGGGCUGUAUCCCCGGGGCUGCUCCUGCCGCCGCUGCCCGGCCGAGGAGCCCGGGGCCACCGACUGGUUUGACGGGCGCUAUGACAGCACCGUGUCCCCCGUGUGGACCAAGGACAACAUGGACCUUCCGCCCGACGUGCAGAGGUGGUGGAUGAUGCUGCAGCCCCAGUUCAAGUCCCACAACACCCACGAGGUCCUGAGCAAGCUCUUCCAGAUCGUGCCGGGCGAGGAUCCCUACCGCUCCCGUGACCCACGCCGCUGCCGCCGCUGCGCCGUGGUUGGCAACUCAGGCAACCUCCGCGGCUCCGGUUACGGACCGGAAAUCGACGGGCACGACUUUGUGAUGCGGAUGAACCAGGCUCCCACGGUGGGCUUUGAGGGCGAUGUGGGUGGUCGGACCACACACCACUUCAUGUAUCCCGAGAGUGCCAAGAACCUGCCCGCCAAUGUCAGCUUUGUGCUCGUGCCCUUCAAAACCCUGGACCUGCUCUGGAUCGCCAGUGCCCUCUCCACCGGCCAGAUCAGGUUCACAUACGCACCUGUGAAGCCUUUUCUGCGUGUGGACAAAGAAAAGGUGCAGAUCUACAAUCCUGCCUUCUUCAAGUACAUCCACGACCGCUGGACGGAACACCACGGGCGCUACCCCUCCACGGGCAUGCUGGUGCUCUUCUUUGCCCUCCAUGUCUGCGAUGAGGUGAACGUCUUUGGGUUCGGUGCUGACAGCCGGGGGAACUGGCACCACUACUGGGAGAACAACCGCUACGCCGGGGAGUUCAGGAAGACGGGGGUGCACGAUGCCGACUUCGAGGCACACAUCAUCGACAUGCUGGCCAAAACCAGCAAGAUCGAGGUUUACCGGGGAAACUGAGGGCUGAGUCUCUGGCUCCCUGCUCCAGCAGGUCCUGCUGCCUGCAGGGGAAGAGAGUGAGGGUCUCCCUGGUGGCCUCAGGCAAUGAGCACGGAUGGGCAGCGCAGUUCCGCAUUGCUGACAGAGCCACCGCGGUGGUAUUUGGUGCCUCCAGCAGCCAAUCAGGUUCAGAGCUAAAGGAGACUUUUUGCUUUUUUUUAAUUAUUAUUAUUAUUAAGGAACCCAGCUGAGAAAGGAUUUCUAAACACAAUCAGUGACUGACCAGGCGGCAGGGGUGGCCGCCUUGCAUCUCUCUACAGUCAAACCAAAUGCUGCUCUUUUUAAAACAAGACAACCCCCCCGCCCUGAAGCUGCGUGACUUUGGGGAACCCCUCGAGCAUCGCGGCCAGGCCGAGGGGGCCGAGGGAGCUGUGGCGGCUGCGCAGCCUCACCAGUGGAACCAGCUGCUUCUUUUUUCCUUUAUUUUGGUAUUUUUCUUUUACCCCCCUGGGGCAGCCAAUGUCGUCGUUUCUCCAGGGAAGGCUCCUGGCACAGAGGCAGGUCCCAGCACAUGGAUCCAUGGUGGGGAGCCAGAAGCUUCAGGAAGCCGAGCAUUGCUGAUGCUCUGCUGCAGGGUGGUGACUGCUGGCACAGCUGUGCGGGGAGAUGAAGAGGAAUCUUGACUUUGGGGCAUCCCUACUCUUCUGCCUGAGGACUGGAGAAGGG